UUACAGAUCUUUCAAGAGUCUUGAGUUUUUGUUGAGCAUUUUCACUUCUUAAAUGUUCAGCACUGUGGAUUCCACCCGGAGACUGAAGAAGACAUUGCUACUCGGCGAGAAAAAUAUGUGUCAACCAGCCAACGUAACUCUAGCCCAGGCUGGCGCAGAUACACACUAUGAGCUUCAUUUCUGAGACCCACUUGCUGACCAUUGUUCCAGUGGAUCUGUCCUCCACCGCUUCCAGGAAACAUGCUUCCUUUCUGGUGGUCUUGUGGAUCACUGCUACCUCUCCUGGUCCUCUGCUCUGCACAAGACCACUGCGGAAACCAGGAAAGCCACAACAAUUGUAGCGUGCUUAAGACCCUGCGGUGUUACAAUAACUACCACUCCCAUGUCCUCUGUAGCUGGGAGGAGAACAUGCCUACCUCCUCACAAGCCUCACUGGCACUUUACUAUUUGGACACCCAAGAAAGUUACUCCAAUGAGACACUGUGCAAACAAAUGACUGAGGGAGGCAAGAGACCAGAGGGAGCGAGAGAGAUCCCGUGUAAACCAAUAGGCAAGCCGGCACCAACCGUCGAUGGCAGCAAAUUGACAGUCCAGUGUCAGUAUAACCCUAGCCAGGAUUCCUUCAGAAUCUCCACCAACCAUUGUGUUUACUUCAAGACGCCGUCUCCCUCUCGCCUGCCGAAAGCUCUGCCUCUUGAUCGGAACAUCAGGAUUCGUUUACCUGUCAACCUCUCAGAGCAGGCAGUAGAAGGAGGUGGGAGGCUUCUCACCUGGUCCAGCCCCUACCCCCAAUCGUCUUCUCUGACCUCCACUCUCAUCUACCAGGUCAACUACAGGAGCUACCGCCAGGAUGACUGGACAGUGGUGGAGACUAACGACACCCAGCUGAAGGUGGAGGCUGGGGCGCUGGGGCCUGGCACCAAGCAUGAGGCCAGGGUGAGGGCCAAGGGAAAGAUAGGUCUGUGGAGCGCGUGGAGCCCCCUGGUGACCUGGCUGACUGAAGGUCCCCCCAGCGUGGAGUGUGCUCUGGACAAUGACACUGUGGUGACAUGCACCUGGGAGGUGAACAGAACCCUGGCCCAGAUCAUUACAUUCAAGCUGUACUGCAAAGACAGUUACACUGCACUAGACCAGGCAUGCUGCACAAACCCCAAUGUCAGGGCUUCGUCCGGGGAUCUGGUACUGGUUUACAGCUGCACCUUCUCCGUCAGGGACCUGGAGCACCUGGAGGUGAAGCUCAUCCCCACACGAGACAACUCCAAAGUCUUCAAACUCCACAAAAACAUUCGUCUAGACCAACCAACAGGCGUGAGAAUUGAGGAGAAACAAAAAAACUGGAUUCUCCGUUGGAACAAAACUGGAACAUUAAAACUGGAAGUGUCCUAUGAAGUACAUUACUGGAAUACUAAGAACCCGAAUGAUAGUACAUUUCACAAAGUACAUAGGCCCCCAUACACCAUCCCCUGGGUGUCCCUACACCCGUCUGACCAUUACCGGGUGCAGGUCAGAGCUAUAUUAAUACCGGAAAACCCAAUUGAAGGACUCCCUUCGGAAUGGUCCGACCCAGUGGAAUGGACAUCACAACCCCCUGAUGAUUUCUGGUCCUUCACCUUCAUCUAUGUCUUCAUUGCUGUUGUGGUUGUCAUCGUCUUCAUGGCUCUGUAUGUGUUCAUACCAGCCUGUCACAAGAGGAUGGUCUUAUGGGAGGUGUCUGUUCCGACACCUUUCAAGAGCAAGGUACUGGAAGAGGUCAUGAUGAACUCCCCUGAUAGCUCGUUUUUCUCCCAGAGUGACAGAUGUGAGAAGACGUUCAUCUGCAGCCUACAGAGCCUGGAGAUCAGGGACCAUGUCAGACUCAGCUCUACUUGCUCUUCUGAUGAUCCAUUGUGGUCGCUUCAAGACGAAAACGGACGGUUCUGCUCCAUCAACAGAGAGGGGAGCUUCUUAUCUUCUUCCUCAAAGCUGUUGUCCAUGGGCAGCCCAUCUGUUACAGACACGUCGGGAUUGAGCUUCAGUGGCCCAUACAUUUUCUGCGGUGACACUACGCCGACGUCAAUCAGCACUCUGAGGCUACAGUCUCCCAGUGAGGCGUCAGACAACACUCUCUCCAAUAACUGCCCUGCGGUUGCCAUGUCGCCGGCCCCACCCGUUUUGGUGUCGUGCGAUGACUACGUGGUGAUGCCUCAGGUCACCCGGUCCAUGGAGGACCUGUCUGGCGGCCUCACGAGUGACAACGACCCUAGCGAUAGCAACCAUCGCAGCGGCUCCGAGGGACACAAAUCAGAGCUCUUUCUGCCGGCAACCGCACCUAGCCCCACCCACUCCUACCCGCUGCCCAGUGAAAAUGAAGACCCGCCUCCAGAGUACACGCCACCCAUUACUGGCCCAUUUACAAUGCCUUCCCUGGGCCCUUCUUUCCACACCACUGGUUACUGCUUCCUCCCAGGCAUGGAGGCAACGGGAGGCUGGGACCACACCCAGCCACCUGGGCCACCCGAAGGGGUCAGUGUUGAGACAAUGCGUAGGCAGGGCGAGAGCAGCAUCAGGAUCCUUGCUUCAGACUGUUAAAUCUAAGAGCUUAGCUUAUUCCAGGCUAACCUUCUCUGCUGCUGCCGUUCCUGAAUACCGGCAACUAUCAGUAGAUGGCAGCGCAGAACUCGAUAUAUGUCUGAACUCAGAGAAUGCCAGUGGACUCUAAGGAUUGACUAACACAACAGCAUAGUGGAAGCAGACAGAGAGGGCUUUCACUACAUCCCAUGGAAUGAACAUGUCUGAGGGUGAAUCCUAAACCUUGAAUCCCAAAUGUGGAAUAUAGAUGGAACUAUAUUAAAGGUCCAAUGCAAACAAAAACAUUUCAUGCCACUUCCUCACUUUAAGGUUGACAAUGAACUUUUGCUUAAGAGGUCUGUGUUGGUUGGCACUGUACUUCAGACAACACCCAGAGGACCUGACUGACUGAACUCAGGGAAACUCAUCCAGUGACGCGUUUGAUGUGUGGUGUGUUAGACUUAAAGUGCAGCUCUACAAAGAUGAAAACAAAUGUGUACUUUCAGACAACUUUUUAGCUAUUAUGAAUAUGUUUUGUUCUUCUUAUAUCUAAGGCUUAUUUAUAAAUCAUUUCACUUUCUUUAUUUUACAUGUUUUAUUUAUUUUGGAUAUUAGGGUUUCAACCACUGUUUUAAUUUCAUUUAACUGAUUUUGUAUAAGUCAUGUGUUAUUUUACGGUGCACCAGAUUUCAUAAAUAUAGUCUCCUGCCUCUGUUGGUUUCAUUAGACUAUGUAAUUCACUGGGGUGGAGUCAGAGCUAUAUAAGGACACAGUGUAUAUACUAUGAAUCAAGCAUACACAGUCGCUUUGAAAAGCUACAAAACUCCACAAAAUUUUCCAUGAUUAGAUGGAUAUUAUUUCAGUGCAAAAUUAACUAUUUCUGUACCUACAACAUUCAUUAAGAUUAAUUUUUAUAUCACUUUUCUGCUUUUGUGGACCUUAUUUUUUUGGUAAUGAAAUGUUGAACUGUAUUUUCAGGAGAUCAUAUGCUGUGAUUUGGUCACAUAAUAAUGAUUGCAUCAACAAAUGAUUGUGUGAUUACACUGUAUGUUGCACUAGUACUAAAGACAAAUAAAACCAAAUAUUACUAUUUUAUAACCUAUAUUACUUUUGAUAUUACCUAUAGUUCAAUAUACAGCUCCGGAAAAAAAUAAGAGACCACUGCAUUUUUCUUUCCUUUCUGAAAAAGUCGAAAAGGAAGGUUUUGAGUGAGGAACAGAAUGUUGUAUGUUGGCUGUGUCAGAUAAUAACAUUCUGGGUGAGUCACAAUUCAAUAGUCUAAACACAGAUAUACUGUGUAGGCCUGAUACCACAUAUUUACAGAUAGUGUAUGGGUCUAAUACCACAUGUACACACAGAUGUAGUCUUUAGGCCUAAUACCACAUGUACAUAUUUACAGACUUUGUCUUUAGGUCUAAUACCACCUGUACAUAUUUACAGACUUUGUCUUUAGGCCUAAUACCACAUGUACAUAUUUACAGAUAAUAUGCAGUGCCACAAAAAGGGUAUGGGUCUCCAUGGUUUUCUCAAAUUUUGCAUAUUUUUUACUGCAUAUCAACAGAUGUCAUCAUCUAAAACAUAGACAGAGGGAAUCCCAGUGAACGGAAAACAGAUGAUAUUUAUGUAAUUUAUUCACUUAACAAAGUCAUGCUGGGCCCGGCGUUACAAGUUCAGCUGGGGUCAAUGAGGCGGCAGGCAUCAUUUGUAUUCACGGGACACAGCGUUCUCUAGGGUCACGCCAAGGUCCGUCGAUUGCUGGACACAGCGGAGUUGUCAACUAUGAUGGAGAGGCCCCCUCCGCUGCCCCUCACCCCCCACCCCUCGCCCCGGAGUGGAGCAGCUCUGGUUGAGGUUGAGGUGGUGGGCUGCCAUCCAAGCAGCGAUGUCUGCCAGGCAUGUAAACAUUUGUUGCCCACCUGAGUGUCAGAAAAGGGGUGCGGAGAUAGUUGACCAUGUUGAAGUUCAUGAAGUCCCCCUGGAGACAGCUGAGCUAGAGAAUUGUGACAAUCUGACUAUUUUAAUUUCAUUGCAUUUUGUGUUUUUAUUUUCACUGUAAAGCAUAUUGAAUUGCUUCUUUGUAUUGCUUCUAUGAAUUGUGCUAUAUAAAUAAAGUUGCUUGCUUGCUUGCAUCAUCCAAAUUUAAA